GAUGCAAGCAAGCCAAGCAAGCGGCCCUACAAGCGGCUCAUUCAUCUUGGCCUCCAGACCGCUAGCUGUCUAUGGCACACGCUAAGAUGUACCGCAACAGAGCUCCCUUCAUCAAUCAGCACACCCCGCGCAAACAAGGAGCAGCAGAUAUCUCAACAUUACCUCGAGCGACACCAUCAGUGGCUACUAUUUUCGAUAGCCUGUACAAGUUGGCCAACGAUCUCGCUCCGGCCGGCUCAUCCGUCAGACAUCGUCUCACCGAAGGAUCUUCACACGCUGUGCCUGUCAGCAGGAAAGCAGACGGAUGCUCUCAGCAGCUCUCGCGCCUACCUGUGAGGCUCUCGGCACGACAGCUUUGUUGCCAAUCUGCUCCACAUGUAAUCAAACUACCGCCCGAACCCGCUGCAUUCACACUCGAGGAAAGGGUCGCAGACGAUGAUCAAUCAGCGAGUAGUCUUACAAUAGAGGCGCGGAUGGGCAGCAAACGCGAAGUAUGCAUCUCGGCGUGUCAAAAAUCAUUUCAGGCAGGCACAUUCCUUGCCAAUAUCCUGCUGGAUACCAUCCGCAUCCGCACAGGUGACUCCGAACGAGCAGCAAGCCUUCAAACUGGCCGCGGCUCUCUCAGCGCGGCCGAGGAUGACAGCAAGCGCACUUACUGCGAGCCGUAGACCUCCGUCUUCUCGAAGUCGACGUCGAACGUUAGCUGACCGUGGUCUGUAUAGUAGAUGGCAGCAAUAACCCAGCGCCAUGUGCCAUACUUGUUCGAAUGCGACACUACCAAAUCGUCAAUGCUGUCAACUCUGUAGCAGCGCACUUGCAUACCAUCGAAUUUGGCAAAGUGACGAGGACCAGUAAUGAGCUCUUUGACUGCCGGGAAUUGACCCCACGAAUCUGUGUAGACUGCGAGAGCCGUCAGAUACGGGGAAAGGUUU